AUGUCGUCUGCUCGCAAUAAGCGCCAACGAAAUCAUGUCAUUGUUGAUAGGAUCAGCGAUUUGCCUGACUUAAUUUUGUGUCACAUUCUCUCUUUUCUUCCAACUCAUUAUGCUGUGUGGACAAGUUUACUAUCAAAAAGAUGGAAAAAUCUACGGACCAAUGUUGACACUUUGUACUUCGAUUGCUUUAACAAAAAGUGGAGAAAACGUAACUUUACCCGAUUUGCUAACAGGGUUUUGAUGUACCAGUUAUUUUUGAACAAGUUGAAAAAGUUCUCCCUUUUGUGGACCAAAAUAUGUGACAAGGAUGAUAUCCAUGCAUGGGUACGUUGGGCUAUUGCUAACGGAGUUGAAGACUUUAAUUUGCAAAAAAUUGGUGAAACUAGUCGCCGAGUGAAUUUGCCUAUUAGCUUAUACUCCUGCAAAACGCUAGGGGUUCUUGAAUUGCGCGGCCAAUUACUCAUCAAUUGUCCAGGAAAUAUUUGUCUUCCAAGAUUAAAAACUCUUAGUUUAGUUACGGUUCAUUAUGAAGGUGACGAACGUGAUGUUCGUAAGCUUAUAUCUAGUUGUCCCAUGUUGCAAUCUCUUUAUAUUGAAAGGAAGGGGUAUGAUAAUGUAUCUAAGUUUGUUAUAAGCUCUCGUGUGUUGAAAAAUCUCAAGGUUAAAAUUUCUGAUGAUGGAUCCUUUGAACACGUAUCGUCCUUAGUUGGAGCAAAUGUCAAUCUUAAAAUUCCAUUGCGAUGCUCAGGUGAACAAAGAGAUGAUAGAGUCAAGUCUAUUGCAAGAUUGAUGCAAGCACUUCACAAAGUGGAGGAUUUACACAUCAACGUUCCAACUCCCUCGAUAUUUGCAGCUCUUUGCCUUGACGGGUGGCCGUUGGUAUUGGAAGGAGUACUGUGA